GUCGCCAGGGAGCAUCUGUCAUCAGCGCAAUCCUCCCUGGCACUUUGGUGCUGUGACAUAUAACUGUUUUGGAGCUGCUGUCAUCCCUGGGAAGGCUCUGGCUGUGAGCCCUAUGACUCUGGGAUUGACCACUGUCAGAGCAUGUGAGGUGGAAUCCCUGACCCAGUGCUUUCCAGAAGGCUUAGCCAGCAGAUUUGGAACAGUCCACAGUGGGUUUCCUCCCACUUCCCUUCCCCCAUACUGGCCCAAGGCAGGCAUCCAGACAGGCAUGAUAGAAAUACCAGUUUUCACUUCCCAAUUUUUUGAAGAGGAGGCCACACAGCUCUGGGGGAGACAGGCAGACCAGAGUAUAGCGUUUGAGCCCAGAAUGGGCAGUGAGGCAAGUCGAAGAAAGACAUUCCAAGACUGGCCUCCUGAGGGCCCUGUCUCUCCCCAGGACCUGGCCAGAGCUGGAUUCUUCUAUGUAGGGCCUCAGGACAGGGUUCAAUGUUUCUGCUGUGGUGGGAUGCUGGACAACUGGACAGCUGGAGAUAGCCCCAUCCUAGAACACCAGAGGCUUUUCCCCAAGUGCCAGUUUGCCCUCAGCAAGCAUACUGGCAAUAAUCCUGACCAGGACACUUCUGACAGUGUGGAUGGGCAAAUCUUGAGCCAGUUGCAAAGAAUAUCAGAGGAAGAAGAAGGGGAAGGGAAUGAAGCUACCCUGACUAACAGACCCGCCUAUCCAGAGAUGGGUGUAGAACAGAUCCGGCUGGCCUCAUUUCACAACUGGCCCUCAGCUUCGAUGGUGUGUCCUCAGCAACUCGCCAGAGCGGGCUUCUUCUACACAGGCCAGCAUGACCAUGUGAAGUGUUACUACUGUGAUGGGGGCCUGAGGAACUGGGAUCGAGGGGAUGACCCUUGGAGAGAACAUGCCAAGUGGUUCCCUAGAUGUGAAUUUCUGCUUCAAUCCAGAGGCAGGGACUAUAUCAGCAGCAUCCAGGAGUCCUCUGGCCUGCUGGACUCCUGGGGCCAUGGAGAAGAUCCAGGAGAGGUAAAUUCCACUUCUUCUACCCCAGGUAGCCCAGGAAGCCGGGCUUGGCUAGCUUGGCCAGCUUGGCGGCAAUCCACAGUGGUAAAAAGUGUGCUGCAGAUGGGGUUUGAGCAGAGCAUGGUGGAGAGGUUGGUUCUGAGUAAAUACAGGCUGGCAACACCAGCCAGCACAUCAGUGUCUCAGCUGGUCUCUGAUCUUAUCCAAGAGGAAGAGAGGAAUGCAACAGAGACCAGAGCACCUGUUCUGAUGGCAUCUGAGCCAAGUACACCCAGAAGAGAAGGCCAACCUGAAGAAAUCACAGAGACAGGACCCCUGAGCACUGAGCAGCAGUUGCAGCAGCUGAAGGAGGAACGGACCUGCAAAGUGUGCAUGUAUCAAGUGGUGUCCAUUGUCUUCGUUCCCUGUGGCCACCUGGUCUGUUCAGAGUGUGCGCCAAACCUGCAGCAGUGCCCCAUCUGCAGAGCUGUCAUUCAUGGGAGCAUCCGGACUUUCCUGUCCUAGCCGAGCUCUGGUGGACUGAACCAUGCUAGGGAAAUGCUGAGUUUGGGAAACCAGUACUGAUUUUGGAGCCCUGAAGACAUUGGGAUAAUGGUGGGACUGGUGACCCUGCCUUCUGAGCACACCAUGAUCAAGUCUCUUACCCAGAUGAAGGAGCAAGUAAAGCCCCAGUUUCUGACCUCAUCAUAGGAGCCAAAGCUGCAACUUCAAGCAAGAUUAGGUUAGUUGGGAAGUAGUUAGAGGGCAUCAAAGGAUAGGGGAAAUAGCCUAUAUCUAAAACUAUAUAUCUAAAACAGUUUCAUAGGACAUUUUUUUGUUGGUUAGGGUAUAUAUGUGUGAAUUUCUGCUUUGGUUUUUGCUAUGACUAUGUUUGGAGUUCUUUAAUUUUUUUUUGCAAUAAAAUUUCUUCUGGUGUAA